AUCACAUUGGUAGUGUCAUUAUUGGAAAGAUUCGGGAAAAGGCUACUGUGAUGAAAUCAACCCAGCAGCAGGCAUGGCAAUAAUAGCUAUGCUAUCAUAGCAAACAGCGAUCUAUCUGUGGUACACCCCUCAAUUUGAGCCGAUGGCUGCUUAAUACGGCAUACGCUCCAAUGGAAAAUGGUCCGGACACUCUUAUUCAGCCGGUUUCUAAGAUCUGUUGGUGCAGUUGGUUCGAAUGAACCUUGCGCUUACAUAGUUGCCCAAGCUUCGUAAGCGGCACCACCCCCAAAGACCUGGUAGCUAGAAUCGUAGGACGCGACUAAAAAGAUAUUCGUUGGUUUACCUAUCGCUUUGCGCGGGUCUCCCUAGUCGAUGUCUUCAGGGGGUAUAGCUUUUCUUUCUAUAGGCGUGCUAGGGCCAUAAGCAAUACCUCAAGGGGCAGAUUUACGGAUGCCUAUAUCGGAACCAUCUACGUGUAUAUAUAUCUCUACAUCCACCCUCGCCUUACAUAGCUCUCUCACUCUUUCCAUCUUCAUUAUAACAUCGGAAUCACUUUGAACACUAUAUACCCUAGCAGCAAUUAACUAAACCCUCACACUAUAACCAGCUGACUUUAUCACACAUCCAACAUGGCCGGGCAAGAUUUUACAGGAAACGCUUUCGUUACUGGCGGAGGUAGCGGAAUAUCAAAGGCGAUCUGCGUGGCAUUUGCAAGACGCGGGGUACGCGGACUAGUAGUAGCGGAUAUCAACCUCGAACUCGCGAUCAAGACCGCCGCAGAGAGCAAAGCGGUCGCCAUAAAUCCCGAGUUCCGAGUAGAAGCAUACCAGCUCGACGUGGCGCAUCCAGAAUCGGUCCAAAACGCCAUUGACCGUACGGCAGACACAUUCGGGCGCCUUGACUACGUCAUAAAUGGAGCUGCUGUUCUUGGAGAGUACAACGAGGUAUCAGAGACCGGCCUUGACACGCUGCGGAGAACCUUCGAAGUCAACGUACAAGGAUCAUUCCUAGUAUUAAAAGCCGCCACGAAAGUCAUGGCGUCCCAAAAACCUGUCAUGAUCGACGAAUCGCUCCCAGCGCGGGGUGUCUCCCGUGGGGUUAUUGUCAACAUUAGCUCAGUAGUUGGCCACAUCGGUCUACCGAAAAUAGUGCAAUGCGUUGCCUCGAAGCACGCGGUAAUCGGUUUAACCAAGACUGCGGCUCUCGACAACAUCAAACACAACAUUCGCGUCAACUGCGUCUCACCGUCAUGGGUGGAUACUCCUGUGGUGCAAAAUGCCGUCAAGAGUCUUCCGGCGUUAGAAAAGACCAUCGCGUCCCACUUACCAAUGGGGCGGAUGGGACUCCCGGAGGAGAUUGCAGACGUGGUCCUCUUCCUAUGCAGCCCGGGUGCGAGUUGGGUCAAUGGUACCAACUUCAUCGUUGAUGGGGCCAUGACAGUUGGUCCCUGCAGUCCGGACAUGUGAUCAUCAUACUACUAUUAGUGGGCACAGAAGCCAGCCUUAAGGAAAGCCUCACGGAGUUUAGAGAUUUGGUUUAUGCGAAGAGAACUUCACCCCUGAAUUCUGGUCUUGGUUUGGGGAAUCAGGGGGAAUGUUGGGCACCUAACAUGCGGUCAGCCCCUCAUAUAUCAGGCAUUCCUUUUAGGUAGCUUCUUGAAUG